CUUUUUAGUCAGCCUCUGUCAAUAGGAAGUUGGCCUCACUGCUGCUAGUGUUUAAUAUAUUAGAGGAGCCUUUCUCUCAUUUUGUUACUACAGUUGUAGUAAGUUGAUAACUACUUUCUCCAUGGGAAGUUGUGUGCUCCCCAGACUGUUUAGUAGACACUGUAGUUUGGGGGCAGGAACAAAAACAUAAGAAGGAAACAAAAAAAAGUAACAAAAAAACAAACAAACAUAAAAUACUGUAAAUCAAUUACACACACACACACACAUACACACAUAUAUACAUACACACACACAUGUAUCAAAUUUCUAUUUUUAGAACUUUAGGAGAGUUCAGCUUCUUGACCUCAUCCUCAUCAUCAUCAUCACCACCUCACCACCACCACCACCACCACCACCACCACCAGCAACAGCAGCAGCAGCUUUAACAUUGCCAUCUGAAAUAUUUUAACCAUUAUUAUUAUAACCAUCAUUACCUGGCACCACUGACAGUACUGUCAACAUUUUAAUUGCUGUCCUUUAUCUGGUGCCAGCACAACCACUGACAGUAACUAGCAGUUGCAGUAAUAACAGUAGCAGAAUCAGCAUCACCAACACCACCACCACCACCACUACUACCACCACCACCACCACUAUCACCACUACCACAACCAAAACCCUCAAUACAGCAGCAACAAGCCAUUGAUGUUACUACAAUUGGUACUAUAACCAUUGUUCACCCACCCAUAAACACACACUCCAUUCACACAUCCAAACAUAUAUAUAUAUAUACACAUAUAUGUAUAUACUCAUACACACACACAACUUCUGGCUGAAGCCAGGCCUGGCUUUUCCUCAUCUCCCAUUUGCCAUCUAUAAAGAGUGGCAGCAUCAGCAGGAGUAGUAGAGGUGACAGAGAAAGUGACUGAAGUGUAGACAGAAGAGAGGUAGAUGCAGUAAGGUUACUAAUGUCUUUUUUUUUUUUUCAACUAAAAGGGUAUUUGAUGCAAGAAUUUCAUAGUUAAUUUCCUGUAUCAAGAUUUGAAAGAAAAAAAAAAUAUUUAUCAAUCUAAAUCUAUUAACUGAACUACACACAUAAGCAGAUGUCACACAGGGAUACCUACUUACUUUUAUCACACAAACUUUUAUAUCAUUUAUGUCUAUAAUCAGAUAUACAUUGAUGCAACAUAGUGCAUAUAUAAUUAACUAGAUAUUGAAAUAUAUAAACCUAAAAAUAUACUUAUAGGGUAGUAAUUUCAGAUGGAUGUGUGAAAGUCAUUAUUGAAAUUUUCAUGGUUGACAGGAAAAAAAAAGAAACAAAAAGUAAACACAUUGAAAAAAAGAGGAAAAAAAAUAUUCUCUGAAAUUAUAAAAUUAUAAAAUAUUUAGAAAUGUUUCUUUACGCAAAUUACUUGUGUCUAUUAUUAUUGUUUAGGACAGCUGUUUGUAUAGAUAUGCUGAAAGUAACUGCAAAAGCUUUUACAGGAAGCAAGUUGACCACAGAGUUUGAUCAAACUCCUGACAGUCGCAGUCAUAUUAUUGGGACCAAAUCCGAUAGCUAUCUACCUGAUGUAAAAACCACCACAACUGCACCAGCUAUGGGUACCAAUCUAUUGAGCAGUAAUGACAACACACACACAGCUAGUAUAUUGCAUACCACUAAAUCAGACAGUGCUACCAUUAAUCAUCAAAGACGGCCACCUAGAACAACUCAGGUAAAGUUUCUAUCAAGUACAACUUCCUCACCAACAAGACAUUUUUUCACAAGUGUUAAUAGUUUACAGCCUAAAAAAUUAACUACAAAAAGCAGAAAUGAUAGCAUUAGGAAAGCAAAAGUGACUCUAAUGGAAACUGAAGACCCAAUUGAAGAUAAGGUGGACUAUUCUGACUUUCAAGAUCUUUUACCUGUCGUUGCAUUGGUGGAAAAGUUACAAAGUCAAGUGACUGAUUUACAACGACUGCGAGAUCAGGACAAGUUAGAAAGAGCCAAAAUACAGCAACAGUUAUCACAUCAAGGAGCGAAAGUCAGACAAAUAACAAAUGAUGUCUUCUACUUAAGGCGAAUGGCAUCAAAGAAUGAGCGCCAGAUAAAUAGGUUAAGUGGUACAAUUGAAAAUCAACUAAUGACACAAUCUUCUUUGGUAAACACUGAAGCUGAACUGAGAGUUAGAUUAGAUGAUUUUAGAUUCCUGGAGAUGAAUAUCAGUCAAAUGGUAUCAGAUUUGCAUUACACAUUUCAGAACUUCACUUCAGAAACAUUAGCAGUUUCUGAAGAAGUUGAAAAUUUGAAGCAAGAAAUGAAAAACAUCUCAGAUAUAAAUACCAAUCAAUCAGCAGCUAUCAAACAUAUGCAAAAAGUUGUCAGUGGUUUUGUGGUUGAACUUGUACCUGAGGGUUAUUAUAAAGAGAGUCUGGAUAAUAUAACUCCACAGCAAGAAGGAAUUUUAGUUGAUGUGAAAACGAAACAAAUUGCUAACAAAAUGAAAUACCUAAUGUCUGAAUCUGAAGAUAAUUCAGGUGACACUAUACCAGAAAAUACAACAAAUUUUGGAGGAUUUCAGCAAAAACUUUCGAAGGGCUCUGUUGCUCUAAAGAGCACUGAAGAAGCUCAGAGAUUAAAAAAAUAUGAGGAAGAGCUAACAAAAUUGCAUAAAAUGUUUAUUAACCUAAGUGUUGAUUUUGAAUAUUUCAAGUCAAUGUUUACAUCUAAACAAUUGAAGAUGAGUGACGGACAUUUUCAAAACUUAGUUUUGAAUUUAACAGAAAGGAUGGGCUCUGUUGAAAAAUUAAAAGCUUUAAAUGCAGAACUUUUGUCCAAUAACCAAGAAUCUCAAGUCAACAUAUUCCAGAUAAGAAACAUGGUUUUGAAUAAUACACACAAAUUGGCUGAAAUUAAGAAACUAAUGACAGAAAAUAGAAAUGAAAAUGAAAUCCAACCUAAACAAUUUAAAGACCAAUUUUUUGCCAUCAAUAAAUCUAUUGAAGACUUGAAGAAUAAUUUGCACCAUGCAAGGAAUAAAGCUGAACGAAGAUUAGCAGAAAAACUGAAAAUAGUUAGCAAAGAAAUGCAAAUGACUCAGUACAAGUUAACUGCUUUAGAAGCUCGUGUUCUAAAUGAUUCCUUGUCUUUAUGUGUUAAGAAAAACCGUGACUUGGAACAGAAUCUUAAAUUACACGAUUUAGACAAGAACAUCCGUAAACUUGAAGGCAUCAUGUCAUCCCAAAGGGAUCAAGUAAAAAGAUUGGAAUACCGAGUGUAUCAGCUCCACUACUGGAAUCGAAACCAAUCAGAAGUCAUUGAUAUAUUAAAAAAUCAAGCACAGGCAAUUUACAACAAUCUGCCUUUAAUAGAACAUGUUGAAGAGGAGCUGAAUAACUUCCGACAUCAUUUACCAACUGAUUGUUCAAACAUAAAGGAAAGUGAUGACUUUUACUCUAGCAUUCAAGUCAUUUAUCCUCGCGGAAGUAGCAGUUCUGUACAGGUAUUAUGUGAAGUGGAUGAAGAUGGAAUCUGGACAGUUUUUCAAAAACGAUAUAAUGGUUCAGUGGAUUUUAAUCGGUCAUGGGAAGAAUAUAAACAUGGUUUUGGUACCAUUGAUACUGAAUAUUGGUUAGGAAAUGAAUAUAUUCACCUUUUAACAAACAAUGAUGCCUAUUCUUUAAAAAUUGAAAUGAUUGAUUUGGAUAAACGUUUGUGGGUUGCAGUUUAUGAUAAUUUCCAUGUCAGUAGUGAGUCAACUGGUUAUACACUGAACAUAGGCACCUACUCUGGUAAUGCAACUGACUCACUUCAAUAUGCGAAUCAUUCUCCAUUCAGUACAGUUGAUGCGGACCAUGAUGCAAGUAGCACACACUGUGCUGUUCACUAUACUGCAGGAUGGUGGUACAAACACUGUCAUUAUGGCAAUUUAAAUGGACGUUACAAUGUUGGCAUUGUGUGGUUCAACCAGUUGCUAGAUGACUGGAUACAAAUGGAAAGCAGCAUCAUGAAAAUUAAAAAGAUAACUGAUUUUGAACCAACUCCAUUAUAAUGUAUCAUACACAUAUUUCCAUCAUAAUAAUCAAGAAUCUCUAUGUAUGAAUAUAUAUGAAUAUAUCAAAUUGUAUAUAUAUAUACAUACACUCAACACACAUACACAUACAUGCAUGCACACACUCACAUACAUACAAACAUGUGUAUAAAUAUACACACU